UCUUAUUUUUUGCCAACUUGAAAAUCUUCUAUUUAAACACAAGUUGAAAGAAUUCAUGUUUAUUCUAUGAAUUGCAAUCCCUUCCACUUCUAUAUUCUUCAUUUUUCGCUCUUUCUCCCACUCUGAUAAUAUAAAUAGCAUACACCAAAAGGCUUACAUAGUUCCCUUGACAUAUCUACAUUUAUCAAAAUCAAUAAACUCUUAGAUUUAUAAAUAUCUACCAUAUUACAUACAUAAUUAUGUCUAGCCGAAGGUCACGGUCAUCAAGACAAACCGGAGCUUCCAUGAUCAGCGAAGACCAAAUCAACGAUCUUGUCCUCCAGCUUCAUCGUCUUCUCCCCGAACUUGGUAACAACAACAGACGCUCUGGAAAGGUUUCAGCAUCGAAGGUAUUACAAGAGACAUGCACUUACAUAAGAAACUUGAACAAAGAAGUGGAUGAUCUUAGUGAAAGAUUAUCUCAACUUUUGGAAUCAACUGAUUCAGCUCAAGCUGCGCUCAUCCGAAGUUUGCUUAUGUAGUGCAAUGAAUCAAGAAAGUGUUUUUUUUUAUUUUCUAUAAACUGUCUUUCUUAGUUUUAAUUAAUUCACGUGUAUUGUAUUUUAAAGUGAUGAUCAUUCUGGCCUUUGUGUUCUCUCGGCUAUAAUUUUUUUUUCUGUUUAGGGUUUUGAUU